AUGAAGGCAUUUGGAAAGAAGUUCCGAACAACAUAUGUGCGUUCAGAUGAUGCUGAGCAGAUAACGGCCUAUCAUUCAGAAGUUUUUCAGCAUUUAUUUGAUUCUCUUUUUGUUGCCGGUUCAUAUCCAUGGGAGAGUGAUACCGAGCCAAAGAUACUAUUCCAACUUCCAGAUAAAGGUGAUGUGGCAAAAUCUUUCUUACCGUUCCUCUUUCCUUCGCCUCAGAAGAGAACACACUUAGAUAUUACAGACUAUUCAAUGGGUUUGAACUAUCUUUUUUAUACAGAAGCAGGAGAUAACUAUUCUUUCGAAUCUUUAUAUUUUCCACAAAACACAGACUGUCCAUAUUUAUUUGUUAUGAGAUAUGAUGUCACUCCACUUACCAUGCCUACAUUUGCACACGAACUUGACUUCAAAGAUUUACUUCUUUCAUGCAAUCCAGAAUGUUUUCCAAAAGCACAAAUUUGCAUUUGUGUUCGAACUAAGUUCCCAUACUAUACACUAUUCAAAUCAUUCUUCGAAUGGAUCAUUCAAGCUGAAAAUGUCGGCCGUAUUGAAAUUCUUCCGAAGAUUGAUGGUUAUCUUAGCAACAAAUCAUAUGAUUUCUCAACAGAAAUACGAACAGAAGAAAAUGGCGGUUCGCUUCUUGUUGGCGAAAGAGUAUGGCCAGAUAAUCAACGUCAAAUCAUGAAAGAUAGCCUUAUUUUCUUCUUAAUUACCAUGCCACCAGAACGAAAUGCGACAAUAGAAUACGAUUCACCACCAUUACCCUUGUUUAAAUGGACACGUCCCGAUGUAGAAAAAUCAUAUCGAAACUUGGCUAUCCAUUGCAUGCACGAUGUUGCUAAAUACAUUACCCCUGAUAUCCUUAUACUCAUUUACUCAGCAUUAUGCUUAGAAAGAACAAUUAUUAUAUAUCAUCCCACAAUUUCCAUUGUUUGCAACUUUGUUAUGGCCUGUCAUUUCAUUUUACGUCCAUUCCGAUGGGCAGGCAGUUCCAUUGCCCCUCUUCCUAAGUCAUUAAACGAUUUUUUGAAUUCGCCAACUCCAAUUAUCAUUGGGAUCAUUGAUCCGCUUGAAGAAAUACAAGAUAACAACGCAUAUCUUAAUUUACAGUCGAAGAAGUUCAAAGUUUCCGAGAAAUUACCUUUAAUUUCAGGUCACGACGAACUGAAGUCGAAACUUUCAGAACACUGGGCAAAAGCAAGUGAAGGAGAUGAAGAAUCAUUGUCAUCUUUACUUGAUGACAUCGAACAAAACUGUACACAGAUCUACAACAAUCUAAAAGCGAGCAUUGUUGCAUGUCUUUCAUCAAAUGAGAAGACGAAAAGUACUUUUGUUGAAGAACUGUUUUUGGAACGAUUCCAAACAAAAGAUCGUCCAUUUAUGAAGCAAAUGAUUGACUCACAAAUGUUCAGAAUUGCUGCUGAACAAGAAUGCAAACUUAAGUCUGAUUCACAUACUUUUGCUUAA